AUGGGCAAUAAUAAAACAAUAGUUGAUUACAAUAAUACUAGUAGUAGUAGUAGUAGUAGUAGUAGUAGUAGUAGUAGUAGUAGUAGUAGUAGUAGUAGUAGUAGUAGUAGUAGUAGUAGUAGUAGUAGUAGUAGUAGUAGUAGUAGUAGUAGUAGUAGUAGUAGUAGUAGUAGUAGUAGUAGUAGUAGUAGUAGUAGUAGUAGUAGUAGUAGUAGUAGUAGUAGUAGUAGUAGUAGUAGUAGUAGUAGUAGUAGUAGUAGUAGUAGUAGUAGUAGUAGUAGUAGUAGUAGUAGUAGUAGUAGUAGUAGUAGUAGUAGUAGUAGUAGUAGUAGUAGUAGUAGUAGUAGUAGUAGUAGUAGUAGUAGUAGUAGUAGUAGUAGUAGUAGUAGUAGUAGUAGUAGUAGUAGUAGUAGUAGUAGUAGUAGUAGUAGUAGUAGUAGUAGUAGUAGUAGUAGUAGUAGUAGUAGUAGUAGUAGUAGUAGUAGUAGUAGUAGUAGUAGUAGUAGUAGUAGUAGUAGUAACAAUAAUAAUUCACUAGUAACUUGA